UGCAGUGUGUUCAUGUGUUGUGUAGGAGAUAUAGUGUGUUCAGUUCAGUUCGUGGAUUCAGAAUGUAUCUCUCAGAUAAAUGAACACAUUUAAGAGGAGUUGGUGAUGUUUUAUUGCUCAUUAAACUGAUUUAGGUUUAGUUUUUUUCCCCAGCACACUCUACAUUAGACUAAGUGUAAUGUGAGUCGUUACCUACAAUGAGUUCGACACCCCGACCCUAACCAAUCCCCUAUACCAGGGAGACUAAACUGAAUAGAGUUAUAAUUGUUUAUCACUAAAUAAAUUCACCGCUUUUGUGAAAUGUCCUCAGAAAUCAUCUGGGGAGUUGAGAAGAUGUUUUUCUACACAUAUGAGGUGAAAAAAACCCUGCGGUCAGAGCGAGUUGAACUGCCACUUCCCCCUCAGUCCUGUAGCUCUAAACUUCUUCUUGUCUGAAGCUUCCUCACUGACUAUUUACACCUUGUGAACACAGAUCAAGUUUCAUCAUGAAGAUCCUCCACAUUCACUUCUACCUACUUGUGUGCUGUGGAGCUGCAGAAAGUUUCACAGAGAAGUCGGUAGAUUUGGGACAAAAUGUGACUCUAAAGUGUGUGGUGUCUGUGAAAGAUGUGUACUGGUUCCUGAUGAAGCCGUCAGAACCUCCAGUGUUUAUAUUACGCUCUUACUCAAGUAGUAUCCUGGAGCCAUAUUACAGAAACACGACCUUCAGCAAGAGAUUCUCAGUGCAAUAUAAUAGCAGUUUAUUUAUACACAAUAUAAGUACUAAUGAAUUAGGAGUGUAUUAUUGUAUUCAAACUCAAACUGGUUCACCUCCCGACAUCAGCAGUGGAAUCAGACUUUACAUCCGGAAUCAUUCAGCUGAGAAUCAGACAUGUGAAACUGAACAGCGGCCGAAUCAGACAGCGGAUCAAUGUGAAGACGUCGGACUCUGGCGGAUUCUCUUCAUCGUACUCGGAACAAUAAACUGUCUCGUCAUUGCUGUAGUCGCAGUCUCGAUCGUUACCUGCUGUGGAAAAACCAAAUCUCCAAACUGCGAUGUGAAGCUUCAAGAAGUCAGUGGAUCACAGAGUUGGUUGGCAAAAGCACAUAAUGAAAGCAGCUACACUGUGGUGGAGUUUAUUCCGUUUCACCCUGUGGUGUAA